CGAUAGUGAAAGGAUUUCCGAUAAGCGAAGGUGAGGUUACUCUCGAGCCCGUGGUAAAAGGAGAAUACCUUGAUUGCUUUGGUCCUUGGACAAGUCCUUACAGUGGAGUGUAAUAAUCAUCAUUGUGGAAUUCCUGUCUAAUGAACUUCAAUCGAUCCUCUGUUUCUACACUUUGUGAAACGUUCGUGUCCAGGCUGUAAUCUUAUUACAAUCCGCUCGGAAGUUCUAUUCACUCAUAGCUGGAGAACACAAGGCUCCCAUUGUUUUUCUUGCUGUUAUCUAGGAUUAAAACGUGAAAGAUUAUGGGUCAGAUUUUCUCAGUAGUUCCAGUUCCAGAAAAUGAUGAAGUGGAAGGAGUGGUUUGCAAAGCGUCGGAAUUGGCUGACAAUAGUAUGAAAGAAUUCCCUCUUGGUGAAGAUGGAGGAAAAGUUUUAGUGGUAAAACAACAUGGUGAAAUAUUUGCAGUUGGCUCCAAGUGCACCCAUUAUGGAGCACCUCUUGCAAACGGAGCACUAGGAGAAGGCCGCGUAAGGUGUCCAUGGCAUGGAGCUUGUUUUAACAUAAAAUCGGGAGACAUUGAGGAUUUUCCAGGACUGGAUAGCUUACCAUGCUACAAGGUGGAAGUUACAUCGGAUGGAGAUGUCAAAGUCAAAGGGAAGAAAAGUGACUUGACGGUGAGCAAGCGGGCAAAACAACUGACCUGCAGGGAUCCUGUGAACUCGCAAGCCAUAGUCAUCAUUGGAGGAGGCGCUGCUGGGGCAAGCUGUGUAGAGACAAUCCGCCAAGAGGGCUUUACAGGCCGAGUUGUCCUUAUCAGCAAGGAGCCUCACUUACCUUACGACCGUCCUAAACUUAGCAAAAUGCUUGAUGUAGAUGUCAAAAAAAUUUAUCUCCGCUCAGAGGACUUCUACUUGAAUAACGGCAUUGAAAUUGUAAAAGGGGUGGAAGCCACUAACAUUGAUACCAAAGGAAAAGUUGUCACAUUAUCAAAUGGCGAAUCAGUCAAGUAUUCCUCGGUCUUCAUCGCCAGCGGCUCCAGGCCGCGCACAAUGAAAGUACCAGGUUCUGAUCUGAACAACAUUUUCACAAUAAGGGUUCCUGAAGAUGCUAAAGCUAUUUUCAGUCAACUUACACCCAAAUCAAACGUUGUUGUUGUUGGAUCUUCAUUUAUAGGAAUGGAAGCUGCCGCAUUUUGCGUUGGCAAAGUGAAUUCAGUCGUAGUGUUGGGGCGAAGCUCGGAUCCAUUCAAAGAGACCCUCGGUGAAAAUGUCGGCUCCCGAAUCAGGCACCUGUUUGAGAACACCAAGGGUGUUAUAAUGGAAAUGAACGUUCAGGUCACAGAAUUUGGAGGCAAAGAUGGCAAAGUUUCCUCCGUCAAGCUGAACGAUGGGCGGACGUUGGAUGCAGACGUAGUCAUUGUAGGAAUAGGAGCUAUAUUCAAUUCAGAGUUUCUGAGUCAAUCAGAAGUUGAAACUACCGGUAACGGAGCUGUUCAAACAAAUGAAUACCUUCAAACUAAUGUGGAAAAUGUCUAUGCGGGAGGCGAUAUUGCUCAUGCACCUGUUUUUGCCAUCGGCAACAAAAAAGCAACGAUUGGCCACUGGCAAAUAGCUCAUUAUCAUGGUCAUGUUGCUGCCAAAAAUAUGGUUGGAAAGAAAACUUCACUGAGGACUGUUCCAUUCUUCUGGACCAUGCUCUUCGGUAUGAGCGUCAGAUAUGCCGGCUAUGGUGGCGGUUUUGAUAAAGUUGAGGUCGUCCAUGAAGACAUCUUAAAAUUUGUGGCGUACUAUUUACAAAAAGAUGAAGUAGUUGCAAUUGCAACGCUUGGUAAAGAUCCCAUCGCGGCUAAGUUCGCCGAAUUACUUUAUGAAGGCAAGAAGCUUACCACAUCUGAUAUCAAGGACAAUGCUUGGGUGACUGCUGCGAAAGCCUAGGAAAAUGUCUCCAUCAAGUUAUUUUACCAUUAUUUUUCAAUAUUUCAUCAUCAUUCCUUAAAAAGCUUUCUGAGAUUGGGCCACUCAACUUAGCCACUCAUAUAACUUAAAUUUUGAGCACUGUUGAAAAUUGUAAAAAAUCUAUGCCUUGAUUCCUAACAUUUAUAUUUUUUACCUAAUUUAUUUUAUGUUUUAUAAUCGUGCUGUUAAUAAUUAAAUAAUUAAUUAGUCAU